AACUCUGAUUCUGUCUACUUACCGGGCACAUAACCUAAUCUAGAUUAAGGCUUACCUUAUUUAUUUUUCUACGAGAGUCAUGACCUUCCCCUUCGGAACAAAGGCCUCCUCGUUGGGUGGGUGAGACCCCUGGCCCCUGCAGAACGACAGUUCAUGGAUCCCACGUGCGCACGUCUUAACCUGAAUAGCCAUUGGACCCAGCACGUACCACAUGGCUCUAACAUACUAUACUUAUGACAUACCUUGCCACUAAUCCAUUUAGGUCAUUUCCUAGAGUUCUUCUAUGUGAUAUAUAUCCAACAAUCAUUAACCAAUACAUAAUACAACAUUCAUGAAUCCUCAAUGCAUUUAGUAAGAUAUUCAACAUAACCAAAUAGCGGCCUAACACUGGGUGUAACCACCCAUGUUUAUCGUAAUGCAACACACGACGAAGUCUUGGAAUCAAUCCCUGACAAAAACACAGAUCAACAGAGCAGAAUCAAGUACCUGACGAUACCCUUCAUGGUACAGGGUACCGUCCUUAUGGUACCUGGGUACCGGCCCUACGGUACAAGGGUACCGUCCGAACCAACUGGACUCUCCCAGUAGGACUGUAACGGUUGCCGACUACUGACCGGGUGGUAGGGCCUACCAUCCGUGUGAUACCUAGGUACGAACGAUCACAGCUACCGGUAAAGGAGACAAGUUGCUGAGAUGAACUUAGAGCUGGGCGCAAAAAAGUUGCUGAGAUAGGUGCAAGGUGGUUACGUAGUGACAAGGAAGGAUAGGGGGACCGAGUGGGGCAGGUUUCCUCGAGUGGCACUACCCUACAAAAUGGUGAGGAAGUUCAAGGUUCAAUAGCCAAACGGAAGAGAUGGGCUAACCAAGAAAUGAUCGUGGAGGUGAAUGCUUCAGUGCUGGAGAGUGCACAUAUGUUACCAACGGAGGGUCCUGGUCUCCAGGCCUGCCGAGACCAAUGAGUCUCCUAAGUUGGAACUGUCGCGGGUUGGGCAACCGCUGGACAGUGCAGGAACUGGUAGAUUUGGUAUCUACUAAAAGGCCCCACUUGGUCUUUCUCAUGGAGACUAAGUGUGUUAGAAAGAAAGUAGAGUAUGUUAUAGAUAAGUUGGGGUUUGACUCUGUGCUUGCAGUUGAUAGCUCUGGAAGAAGUGGCAGACUUGCUCUUUUCUGGAAUAGAGAGAGCAAAGUGAGCUUGAUAUCUUACUCAAGGAAUCAUGUUGAUGUCAAUGUGUUGAACAAAUGUAAUGGGCCAUGGAGAUUUACAGGCUUUUACGCUCAUCCCAGAUGGAGCCAAAGGUUAGAUUCUUGGAACCUACUUAAGAGCCUGAAAAGUGGGUCCACGCUUCCCUGGAUGGUCAUGGGUGAUUUUAAUGACAUAUGCGCUGCGAUGGAAAAGAAGGGAGGUAAUCCCAGACCUCCUUGCUUUAUUGAUGGUUUUAACGAAGCCUUAUCUUUUUGUGAGUUGAUGGACCUUGGUAUGAGUAGCUAUCCCUUUACUUGGGAAUGGAGGAAGAAUACCCCGGAUUGGGUGGAGGAACGUCUUGAUAGAGCCGUGGCAACACAUAGGUGGAGAUCACUUUUUCCUGGCUUCUCGUUGUAUAAUGUUAUGACUACCUGGUCGGAUCAUUCAGCUCUUCUCCUUUCAUUCAACGGUGUCAUUGAGGACGGUAGGUCCAGAAGCUUCAGAUUUGAGAAUUGUUGGCUCAAAGAUUAAGGUUUCAAAAAAGCGUUUGAGGAUGCCUGGAGCAGAUGGGAAGGGUCGCCUUUUCUUGACCGCCUCAAUCAUUGUGGACAGGAGCUGAAACGAUGGGGAGGUGUCAGAUUAAACAAUUUUGGGAAGAAGAUUGAUUCGUGUCAGAUGAAACUUGAGGCUAUGUGCGGCUGUAGAGAUUUGGUUUCAAUUGUUGUAAGAAAGCAAGUUGAAAAAACCUUGAGGGAGACGUUGAAAUGGGAGGAUUGCUAUUGGAGACAACGCGCCAAACAGUUUUGGGUCUCCUGUGGUGAUCGAAACACGAAAUUUUUUCACAAUUAUGCUUCACAUCGGAAGAGGAAGAACCACAUAUUACGACUUCGCGACAGUAUGGGAGGUUGGUGUGAAGGGAGAAGGCUAUUGCCCUUUGUUUAUAAUUAUUUUGCAGAUUUUUUCAAAGAUAAUAAUAGGAGGGGACGACACGGCGUUAUGGACAUGU